AUGGCCCUGGGACAGAGGCUGUUCAUCGCUAUGUCCCGGGGAGCAGGACGUCUUCAGGGCACGCUGCAGGCUCUCCUCUUCCUAGGCGUCCUAGUGGGCAUGGUGGUGCCCUCCCCUGCGGGCACCCGAGCCAACAGCACGCUGCUGGACUCCAGGGGCUGGGGCACCCUGCUGUCCAGGUCCCGAGCUGGGCUAGCUGGAGAGAUUGCCGGGGUGAACUGGGAAAGUGGCUAUUUGGUGGGGAUCAAGCGACAGCGGAGGCUCUACUGCAACGUGGGCAUCGGCUUUCACCUCCAGGUGCCCCCCGACGGCCGGAUCAGCGGGACCCACGAGGAGAACCCCUACAGCCUGCUGGAGAUUUCCACCGUGGAGCGAGGUGUGGUGAGUCUCUUCGGAGUGAAAAGCGCCCUCUUCGUUGCCAUGAACAGUAAAGGAAGAUUAUACACAACGACCAGCUUCCAAGAGGAAUGCAAGUUCAGAGAAACCCUCCUGCCCAACAAUUACAACGCCUAUGAGUCAGACCUGUAUCGAGGGACCUACAUCGCACUGAGCAAAUAUGGACGGGUAAAGCGGGGCAGCAAGGUGUCCCCAAUCAUGACCGUCACUCACUUCCUUCCCAGGAUAUAAGGACCCUGAAAGAAGGUGCACAGGCGGAAAGUGACAUUUUUUCUACUGGAAUUUUGCACAGUGAACACUUUCCCUUACCCCCAUGCCUCCUGAGUCAGGUUUCUCUAAUACUGGGGGAGGCCCGAGUUGGUUCCCUCGGCCACCAGACCCCAGGACAUGUAACCCACCCAGGUGAGGGGUUGCAGCCAGCUUUGUAGAAUGGCAGCGGAGCCCAUGCUCUGACCUCACCUGAGGAAAGAAGGUGCAGAUGACACUUGUGGAAUGUGACCUUGUGCCCAGGAGAGGCCAGCGAGGAAACAUGUGUGUGCUGGUGUGUAUCCAUACAUCUCUGUCUAUGUUGUCAGAGCAAAGGCAUUUCAGAGCAUCGGGUUUCUUCCCUCCAGAUCACUGUGGCAGGCAUCUGCCUGCAAGAGUGUCACUUGUCAAACCACCAGGAUUGAUGCGUGCUCCCACUCUGCCUCUUUCCAAUCACCUUUGCAUUCAGAGGCCCCUGGCUGCACAGCAGAGAGGCAGGGUGAGCAGGAGUAAGGUUUGACUGCAAACCAGAAGGAAAGUGGGAAGGCACUCUGAUCGUCCUGCUCAGGAGGACUGUGGGGACACAGGCGCAUUGUUGGGGCAGCUGGGGGGAGAAGGGGUGCCCUUCUCGGAGGACAGCAGUUUCCCGGGCGGUUGGGGAAGGCCUGCUGGAGGCAGCAGAGGGACUGGAUGUUCCAUGGAGAGCCAUUCUGCUGGAGGACUCAGUGCUGUGUGGCUCCGAGAUCAAGUGGGGCCAGGCUGCCUGCCCAUAACUUUUCCUCACUGUGAACCAGGUCUUAUUUUAACCUCAGAUGACAAGGAUCCUAAUAAUGGCAACCUCUUUGGCAAGGGGUGAGGGGGAGCAAAAUAGAGCAUGAAGGAAGUAGAGAAGCUCUGGACUCCAGAUGAUAAUUCCUCUCCAGCUCCGUCCAGGAAACUCACCCAAGUUCUCAUCCGAUACCCGCACUUCCUUCUUGGUCGUCCUCGUCUCACAUACACGCCUGUGCCUGGAUGCGGGAGAAUGGGCACCGUGGCGUCUGGGGUUUGCCCCCUCUGGCCCCCUACAGUGGAAGAGUGUUAAUCCUGUAAACUCAAGCAGCCAAGCUGAGGCAGCUCCUUGCUGCUUGAUGGCUUCUUGCCUCCUGCCCUUUGAGAGUAUUUAAAGCAGAGGUUCCCCCGAGCGACUAUAAAUGUCUUCCCGGAGCUUUCAGAUUCCUGAGCCAUCGGACCGUUCCUAAAUCUGAAACCAGAGAGAGCCAUGUCAGAAUGCAAAUAUUUUUGGCAUAUGUGAACCACGAGUUACACGAUGACCUGACACCCUCCGCUACUCCCAGGGGCCCCUGCCUGCAAGACAGCCCCCCAUCGGCUGCCGCGCCUCACCCCUGGCGUGCCGUGCUAGUGCAGAUGUGCCAUCUAUACAUAGGCCUGACCUGAACGACCGUGAGCCCAAGACGGCCAUUGGCAAUUCAAGGGAGAGAUGCCAUACUGGCCGCCUCCUCUGCCCAGCAAACAGCAGGAGCACAUGUGCUGGGUGAGGAGGAAAAGUCCACCCCCAGGUGAGCAGACAGUAAGAGCUGAGGACCAAGAAAAGCAUGGCCACGCCUGGGAUAGAAACUGGAGGGGGCUGAGGUCCUGGAUCAAGUAGAAGAGAGAAAAGCGGCCCAUCUUGAGUGGAAGAUUUGAAGUGCAGGCCUGCUAGGAGGCAGGGGACGAAGCUGAUUGUUUUCCAGGAGGCGGUCCAGAGCAAUCUGUCUCUAUAACAAGGUUCGUCAGAAACCGGUGCUCUCAGAACCCAAGGCACAUAUCCGUUCCGAUGGAAGGCGGUGGGAGUGCAGGAAGGCUGGGUGGAUGGAUGGAGGAGGAACAAGUUUUAGGUCCCAAAGCAUUAGUUCCUUCCUGCCUAGCUCUUUGAGCUAAGGUGGCGUGAGAGGGGUUGCAGGCUGCCAGGCCUUUCCUGCAUUGCUCUAGAGCAGCGGUUCUCAACCUGUGAGUCGUGACCCCUUUGGUGGUCAAACGACCCUUUCACAGGGGUCGCCUAAGACCAUCCUGCAUAUCAGAUAUUUACAUUACGAUUCAUAACAGUAGCAACAUUACAGUUAUGAAGUAGCAACGAAAAUAAUUCUAUGGUUGGGUCACAACAUGAGGAACUGUAUUUAAAGGGCCAGAAGGUUGAGAA